AAUCCCAACCUCCGGCUGCAGCUCCCGUGACUUUCCCUCAUCCCUCGCUCCCAACAUCUGCUGCUUUUGCAGGAAUAUUUCCCUGGCACCAGCUGCAGCUCCCUGGCAGCACGAGAGGCAGCAGGGUUGACUCCCAGCUCCUUGAUUUUUCCUGGAAUCCACAGGAUUUUCAGUGCGUCCCGGAGUGCUGAGCUCCUUUUCCAUCCCCGGUGAGGCUUCAGAGGAUGAAACAUCUCAAAAACGCUGAAUUUUGGGAGCUCCCCUUUCCCUUUUUGUCCCCCAUGGAGCAGGCGAGGGACUCUCCAGGCUCUGUGCUGACUUCCAGGAAUUUCCAGGAGCUGCUUCCCGAGGGAAAUGUUGUGUGUCCUGAUCCUUGUCCUGGCGGUGGCCACGGGGCCGUUCCAAGCUGGGGCUGUUCAUGAAGCCUGCAGGACAGCAGAGGUGGCCAAUGUUCUGUUCCUCGUGGGGCAGACAGAAGGUGCAGGGAAGGAGAGCUCCCGGCUGCUCCAGGAUUUCAUUGGGAGUGUGGCCAGAUCCUUCGAGAACACAGAGACGGGAAGAGGAGGCAUCCGGCUGGGCCUGGCUCUGUAUGGGGAGACACCAAGGAUGAGAGUUGAGCUCACGGACUACGCGACCAUCAAAGGAAUGCUGGAUGCAGUUCAGGAUCUCUCUUUCAAAGGCAGCAGCCUCCAAACAGGCUCAGCCCUGGCUUUUGCGGCUCAGGCCUUGUCCCACCAGGACACCCUGAGAGAGGAGGCAGCAAAGGUGGUGAUUCUGAUCACAGAUGGGAAAUCCAGUGAUUACGUGGAAGAGGGAGCCCGGAUCCUGCAGGAUCGGGGGGUGACAGUGUUUGCUGUGGGGAUUAAGGAUGCUGACAAGAACGAAUUGGGCAGGAUCGCUUCAGAUCCCGCUGCGGAGCACGUGCUUUACGUGGAGGAUUUCCAUCUGCUCCCAAAUGUGGCUCCCAAACUGUCUCGGAGGCUCUGCUUCACCGCCUCAGAGCCACCACGUCCUGUCAAGCAGAGGGUGCAAGCUGAGCAGAUCCUGGGCCCUCGGGAUCUGCAUGUCAGCGAGCACAGCCACAGCUCCCUGAGGCUCUCGUGGGUGGCAGCCACAGGCAGGGUGACAGGGUACCGUGUCCAUGUCCACCCCUCGCUGCCACCGGGGCAGCCGGAGCCAGAGCACCAGCAGCAGGUGGAGGUGGAUGGGGAGACAACCACAGUGCUGGUGACAGAUCUGAAGCCCAGUACCAAAUACGUGCUGACGGUGAGGGCCAGCUAUGGAGGGGCCCUCGGGGAGCCGGCAGCCAUCAAAGGGAAAACAACUCCUGUGCCUCCAGUCACCAAUUUCCGGGUGAUAGAAGAAGGACUUUUCAGCCUGAAGGUGGCUUGGACACCUCCCCUGGGCAAACUGGAGGGCUACAAGAUCUACAUCCCCAGGGCCAACAAGCCCGGGAUGACCCUUGAGCAGAUCCUGCGGGGCGAUGUCUCUUCCCACCUGCUGGAAAACUUGCAGGAGGACAGGGAAUACAGCAUCAGCAUCUACGCCGUGUAUCCUGAGGGCCCGAGCCAGCCCGUGGCUGCUCUGGGGAGGACACUGAAGCUUCUGCCUGUGGAAAACCUCUUGCUGCAGAAUGAGACCACAGACACACUCCAGGCCCGAUGGAGCCCUGUCCGGGGAGCAACGGGAUACAGGCUCACCUGGACAUCAGCAGAGGGCAGCAUCCAGGACGUGACCCUCGGCAGCUCCUACAGCUACUACAUGAUCCAGGGGCUGGAGCCGGGCACGGAGCACACAGUGACCAUCAACCCCGUCUUUGGGGACAUCGAGGGACCUGUGGUGACUGGCAGAGCCACUACGGUGGCAUCCAGCACUGUCCAGAUGCUGAAAGUGAGCGAGAUUUCCAUCAACAGCCUCCUGGUAUCCUGGGAUUCGGUCGCGGGAGCCACCGGGUACAGGGUGGCCUGGGGUCCGACACCAGAAUUCUUUGGCAAGGACCGUCCCCGUCACCUGGCCCUCAGCAAGUCGGUGACGUCCCACCAGCUCCGCAGCCUGGCUCCUGACACCGAGUACAUGAUUUCUCUCUCCGUGCUCUUCGGCUCCGGGGAGGGCCCUGGAAUCACCACCUCGGCCAGGACAGCUCCUCUGGGAUCUGUCUCCAACUUCAAGGUGAUGUCCCACACCAGCACCAGCCUGUCCUUGGCCUGGAGCGCCACAGCCGCUGCCACCAAAUUCAAACUCACCUGGAGCCCCAUGGGAGCAGGCAAAGGAAAACAGGUUGCCAGGACUCGCUACCUGGGCAGCAGAGUGUUGGCUCAUCGGAUUGAGCACCUGGUGCCCAACACCCUGUACAGGGUCAGUGUCCGGGCUGUGUUCAGCAGGACCGAGGGGCCGGAGGUGGUCCUGACUCACCACACAGCUCCUUCUGGAGAUUCCAACCCCAUCCUGACCAUCCAGGACCUGAGGGUUACUGACAUCGGUGUAAACACUUUGAAGCUGGCUUGGAAAAAGCUUCCUGGGAUAAGUCACUACAAGAUAUCCUGGGAGCCAUCCAAUGGCGACUCGGAAUCCUCCCAGCUGGUCCCAGUGGAUGCCGCUUCCUUUGCCAUUCCCAAACUGAAGGACAACACCAGCUACACCAUCUCCGUGUCUGCGGUGGGAAAGGGACGGGAGGGAAAGCCCGCGGUGCUCACAGCCAGAACCUUGGAUUUUCCCGAAGUGACGGAAUUCACAGUGCAGGAGGCCACAGAUUCCAGCGUUUUGUUGUCCUGGGAUGCUGUUCCUGGAGCAUCCCUGUAUUUACUGACGUGGGGAUUGUCCUCAGCUCCCUCUCUUUCCCAGGAAUUGUUACCAGCAGUUUCCAGAUCGUUUCGAGUGACGGGGCUGAGCUCCAAGGAAAUGUAUUUGUUUUCCAUAAAACCAAUGUUUGGAGACUCGGAGGGACCAGAGACAACACUCCUUGGACAAACAGCAGGAACUGCCGGGGAGUCACCGACCGUUCCAGUGGCUCCUGCACCGUUGGAUACGGGGAAAUCUCCAUCAGGAUCUCCCGGAAGUGUGGGGACCACUCCUCUCCCAGUGCCCACCAGUACAAAGCUCCCAGAGCCCCCAGUAUGGACCAGCACGGUGUCGGCACCGCUGACAACCCUGCCUGGGCUGCGUGAGUGUGCGGAUGGUGAUGAUGAUGAUGAUGAUGCUGACAACCCUGCCUGGGCUGCAUUUUGGCAGGUUGCUGUUGCUCAGUACAACGAGGAGCCCAGGGCAGUUUUUCACUUCAACCAACACCGCGACCGCAACGGCGCCCUCGGAGCCAUCAAAGGGCUGAGCUACACCGGAGGCAACACCAAAACAGCCUGGAAUAUUCUGGAGUUUUGUGAUUUUUCAAUGAAUUCUUCACAUCAGGAAAGCUUCGAGGCACCCAAAUCUCUCAUCCAAGUGGUAUUGGACAGGAGCACAAAAAAGCAGGGACAGUCAAAAUACAGGAAUUUUCAUGGGAUUGGUUAG